GUUUAUCGUCAAUAAAGGAGAGAGACGGAAAGCCACGUCGACAGUCGCGAUCCUGCGAUCGUGGGGACUCUUGCCGUAAAAAUGGACUCAAUAUCUACGACUUCCUUCUUUAUCCUCAUCCUUGCCCUCUCCACGUCCUCUUCCCCAGUUUCCAAUGUCACGGACAAUCCCCCGAUAGCACUCCAGACCGGCAAUGUGACAACCCCGAAUCAACCCCUGGUAAACAAUCGCACGAUCGCCCCGAUUCAACUCCCUCUGGUCAGGCCUGUCAGUCUUUCUAACCUCAACCUGAAAAAGGACAACCCUGUCGAAGAGAUCUACCAGGGAGAUGAAUGUGGAAAAUUUGGACACUGCAAAAAGGACGAGAAAUGCAAAAACAACAUGUGCGUGAAGUGUCAUGACGGUGAAGAGGGAUGCCAGUGCAAACCAUACUGGGGAUGCUGGGGUAACCUCGAGUGUGUCAAAGGAAAAUGCGUAGAUACUGAAAAGAGCAGCGACUAUGACGGUUCUCCUGAGAAUGGAAGCGAGGAAAAUUUCAAGUGUGGAAAACAUAGAGCCUGCAAGAGCGACGAGAAAUGCAAAAACAACAUAUGUGUGAGAUGCCAAGAUGGUGAAGAGGGAUGCCGAUGUAGACCAUACUGGGGAUGCAAGCGUAACCUCAAGUGUAUCAAGGGAAAAUGUGUCGAUCCUGAGGAUAGGAGCGAAUAUGACAGUUCUCCUGAGAGAGGAAGAAGGGAUCAUUUC